CAGAAAGAACUGUGAGGAUUUUAAAACUUAUGUAGAUCAGGCAUGCAGAGCUGCUGAGGAAUUUGUCAAUAUUUGCUAUGAGACAAUGGAUAAAAGAAGACAGGCACUAACCAGGCUGUAUCUGGACAAGGCCACUUUAAUAUGGAAUGGAAAUGUUGUUACAGGGCUGGAAGCCCUAACUAAUUUUUUUGAGAUGUUGCCUUCUAGUGAGUUCCAGGUCAACAUGUUAGAUUGCCAACCAGUUCAUGAGCAAGCUGCCCAGUCUCAGACUACAGUUCUUGUUGUGACCAGUGGAACUGUGAAGUUUGAUGGAAACAAACAACACUACUUCAACCAGAGCUUCCUGCUGACUGCUCAGUCCACUCCUAACAACACUGUAUGGAAGAUUGCGAGUGAUUGCUUCCGUUUUCAAGAUUGGGCUACUAGUUAAGGGGGGAAAGUCCAUUCUCCUUUGGUCCAUUAGUCCCAGUAACACAUUUAUGUGAAAUUAAUUCAUUUCAUUGUAGAAGCACUAUAAACUAGUAUGUGCUGAGAUAAAAUUUCUUUAAUAAUUUUUUAUUCCUAGCAGCACCUUUUCUAGUAGCUGCCAGUUUGAAUUGUUGCCCUUAAGAGCUUUAAUGCUAGUUUUUUACAUGCCUUAUAUACAUUCCACUAAUGACAUUCUUAUAGUAGUAUCAAACACAUGAUCUUGAUACUUAACAUACUCACUGUGAACCCAGCCUAUCACAAAAAUAAAAUCCUUUUAUAAUA